AUGCUGCUGCUCCGGGCGCUGCUCCAGCGCCGGCGGCCGCCGCUCCCCGUCACUGCCGCAGGAUUCUUCACCAGCUCCGGAAGCAACGCCACCGCGCCUCCUCCUCCUCCUCCUCCUCCUCUUUGGGCGGAGGGGCCCCGCGACGAGCCAGGGCAGGAGGGCUCGCUGGUGCGGCGGGUGGAGCGGGCGGCGUCGGUUGGCGCGGCCAUGCGGGGCUGGAUGGCCGACGGCUGCGCCGUGCACCGCGGCCACGUAUUCCACGCCAUCAACCGCUUCCGACGACACCGUCUACACCGCACCGCCCUGCAGGUCAUGGAAUGGAUCGUGAGAGAGAGGCCCUACAAGCUGAGUGAGCUUGAUUACUCGUAUCUGCUGGAGUUCACAGCUAAAGUCCAUGGCAUUUCUGAAGCCGAAAGCCUCUUCCUUCGCGUGCCUCAGGAAUACCAGAAAGAGCUCCUCUACAACAACCUUGUCAUGGCUGCUUUGGAUUUGGAUCUCAUUAAGCAUUCAUACGCUUACAUGAGGAAGAUGAGAGAAUUGUCCCUGCUGAUCUCGCCAUAUGUUUACAACCGCCUGAUCAUCCUUCAUUCUUCACCCGGUCGCAGGAAAACUAUAUCCAAGAUCCUUUCUCAGAUGAAAGCUGAUCGUGUGACCCCUCACACGUCAACCUACAACAUCCUGUUGAAAAUACAAACCAAUGAGCACAACAUCGAUGGGCUAGCCAGGGUGUUCAAUGAUAUGAAAAGAGCAAAGAUUGAGCCCAAUGAGAUCACUUAUGGCAUUCUAGCUAUUGCACAUGCUGUUGCAAGGCUAUAUACUGCUUGCCACACAUAUGUAGAAGCCAUUGAGAAUUCCAUGACAGGUACUAAUUGGUCCACGCUGGAAAUUCUUCUUAUCUUGUAUGGAUACCUUGGGAAGGAAAAGGAGCUAAAGAGGACAUGGGGGAUCAUGCAAGACCUCCCUCAUAUUCGAUCCAAAAGCUUCACACUAGCAAUUGAAGCAUUUGGAAAGGUUGGCUCCAUUCACCAGGCAGAAAAGAUAUGGGCCCAGAUAAAAUCAACAAAGAAGUUAAGCCUUACAGAACAGUUCAAUUCCAUUUUAUCAGUUUACUGCAGGCACGGUGUUGUGGAUAAAGCAUCAUCUGUAUUCAAGGAAAUGAGAGCAAAUGGAUGCCAGCCUAAUGCUAUUACUUAUCGCCACUUAGCAUUAGGUUGCUUGAAAUCAGGUCUUGUUAAAGAAGCUUUGAACACAAUAGAUAUGGGAAAGAAGGAAGUUGUCACUAAAAAGGUGAGGAGUUCAACACCGUGGUUGGAGACCACGCAUCUGUUGCUUGAGAACUUUGCAGAAAUUGGAGACUUGGAAAAUGCAAAGAGACUAUACAGUGAACUGAAUGAAUCAAAAUAUUCUCGGAAUUCCUUUGUGUAUAACACCCUCCUGAAAGCUUAUGUGAAGGCAAAAGUUUAUGAGCCGGAUUUGUCGAGGACAAUGAUUUUGAGAGGGGCAAUGCCUGACGCUGAGACAUAUAGCCUUCUCAGACUGAUUGAACAGUUCAAGAUCUAA